CGCGCGGUCACGUGACUCAGUCAAAAUGGCGUCGGGGCAACAGUGGGUGUUGGUAGAGAUGGUGCAAGCUUUUUACGAGGCACCAGCAUAUCAUUUGAUUUUAGAAGGUAUCCUCAUUUUAUGGAUUAUCAGACUGCUGUUUUCCAAAACAUAUAAACUUCAGGAAAGAUCAGACCUCACAGAAAAGGAGAAAGAGGAGUUGAUUGAGGAGUGGCAGCCUGAGCCGCUGGUUCCCCCCGUAUCUAAAGACCACCCUUCCCUUAAUUAUGAUGUAGUCACUGGGCCUCCAAGCCACAAAAUCAUUGUAAAUGGGAAAGAGUGCAUUAACUUUGCCUCAUUUAACUUCCUGGGUCUGCUCGACAACGAGCGCGUAAAGUUGAAGGCAUUGUCGUCGCUAAAAAAAUACGGUGUGGGAACAUGUGGACCAAGAGGCUUCUAUGGGACCUUCGAUGUUCAUCUGGAGUUGGAGGAGCGAUUGGCGAAGUUCAUGAGAACAGAGGAAGCCAUUAUCUACUCGUACGGCUUCGCCACCAUCGCCAGUGCCAUUCCAGCAUACUCCAAGAGAGGAGACAUCAUCUUUGUCGACGAGGCGGCGUGUUUCUCCAUUCAGAAAGGCUUGCAGGCUUCACGCAGCUUCAUCAAAUACUUCAAACACAACGAUAUGGAGGAUCUUGAGCGCCUCCUGAAGGAGCAGGAGAUUGAAGAUCAGAAGAAUCCACGUAAGGCGAAAGUAAUCCGGCGGUUCAUUGUCGUUGAGGGACUCUAUAUCAACACUGCAGAUCUCUGUCCACUGCCUGAACUGGUAAAACUGAAGUACAAAUAUAAAGUGCGAAUCUUUCUAGAGGAGAGCAUGUCAUUCGGAGUGCUUGGAGAACAUGGAAGAGGAGUCACGGAGCAUUUUGGGGUCAACAUUGAUGAUAUUGACCUCAUCAGCGCCAACAUGGAGAAUGCGCUGGCGUCCAUCGGAGGUUUCUGCUGUGGGCGAUCAUUCGUUAUCGAUCAUCAGCGUCUGUCAGGUCAGGGUUACUGUUUCUCAGCGUCUCUUCCACCUAUGCUGGCUGCUGCUGCUAUCGAAGCCCUCAACAUCAUGGAAGAAGAUCUAGGCCUUUUCAGGGUGUUACAGGAUAAGUGCAAACAUGUCCACAAAGCACUACAGGGGACUCCAGGGCUGAAGGUCGUCGGGGAGCCUUUAGCUCCUGCUCUUCACCUGCAGCUGGAAAACAGCACUGGAUCCAGAACAAAUGACCUGAAGCUGCUCCGAGCAAUUGUCGAUUACAGUUUGGAAAGACGGAUCGCACUCACUUUGGCUCGAUACCUGGACAAAGAAGAGCGUUUCCUUCCACCUCCAAGCAUCAGAAUCGUGGUGACCGUCGAGCAGACGCAGGACGAGAUGGAGAAAGCAGCGCAGUGCAUUCGAGAAGCAGCAGCGAAGAUCCUGAUAUGACGAGCACAAAGCAUUAAACGUGAGAUCAGACGUGACGUGAGAGCCAUUGCGCCUGAUGGUUCGAUGACCUUUGACCCUGAAGACCUCGAAUGGAUGGAUACACCGAUUGAACCUGUUUGUAUUGUAUUUAUGUUGUCCAUACCUGCUGUACAGAUAAUGUUGAUUACUUUAGUCUUCAUUUCACAUUGAAAUAAACGCAGCGCUGGUUCUUCCCGCUGCUUGGAGUCGGUGUGCACCAUCAAACCUAUUUAUGUCUCGGAUAAUGAUGGGAGAUCUUGACUAAUCAACAAUAAAUAUGCCAUUUAAAAAAAAAAAAAAGAAUUAUUUUAUAAAAAGUAAUUUUUAUAUACACUAAUAUUUACAUUCCUUUGUUACCUUUGACCAAAGAGUUGCUUCUUUACACUUGAAAAUCGUUUCACAGUCUUUAUGCACUGUAUAUGAGUUUGUUUGUGAUUCAUAUAUUCUGAAUAAUGCGGUUAUUUUGACUGUUUUGGUAACUCGUGCACUGUGAAUGCACUGGGUCAGGAGUGUUGAAUUCGGUCUGGUUUUGAAUCUGUCAUUUUUGUCAAAUUGUAAUUUUUUUUUUUUUAAAUCAAUUUCAAGAAUAAAAGACCUUUCAGCCUUUAAA